AUGAGUGAGAUCAAGACUCAACACGAAGUGUCCAACCACGGUGGUAAAACCGCCUUCAAGGAUUACGUUGGUAAAUUCGCCCACAUCGAAGACCCAUUGGAGAGAAGAAGAUUGGCUUUGGAGGAAAUCGACAAUGCUGGUUUCGGAUGGACCCAAGCCAAGAUGAUCUUGAUUGCCGGUGUCGGUUUCAUGACUGACUCCUACGAUAUCUUCGCCAUUAACCUUGGUACUUCCAUGUUGGCUCACGUCUUCUGGAAGGGUAAGAUUCCUGACUCCACCAUGACCUUGAUCAAGGUCUCCACCUCCGUUGGUACCGUCAUCGGUCAAGUUUCCUUCGGUUUCAUGGCUGAUGUUGUCGGUCGUAAGAAGAUUUACGGUUUGGAGUUGAUCAUCAUGAUCAUCGCCACCAUUCUUCAAUGUUGUCUCGGUUCUUCUCCUGCUAUUAACUUCGUUGCCAUCUUCGCUACCUUGAGAGUUCUCAUGGGUAUCGGUAUCGGUGGUGACUACCCAUUGUCCUCUAUUAUCUCUUCCGAGUUCUCUACCACCAAGUGGAGAGGUGCCAUCAUGGCCGCAGUUUUCUCUAACCAGGGUUUGGGUCAAUUGUUUGCCGGUAUCGUCGCUUUGGUCCUUGUCUCUGCUUACAAGUCUGACUUGGAGUUCGCCAACACCUCUGCUCAGUGUGUGGGUAAGUGUAUCAAGGCUAACGAUCAAAUGUGGAGAAUCUUGGUCGGUUUCGGCUGUGUUCCCGGCUGUAUCGCUUUGUACUACAGAUUGACCAUUGCUGAGUCCCCUCGUUACGAGUUGGAUGUUUCUGAGCACGACAACUUGGAGAAGGUUGCCCACACUGAGGCUGCUUUGGAUGCUGCCGCUGAGGACAUUGCCCCACCAAAGGCUUCCUUCAAGGACUUCUGGGCUCACUUCUCUCAAUGGAAGUACGGUAAGAUUUUGAUUGGUACUGCUGGUUCUUGGUUCUUCUUGGAUGUUGCUUACUACGGUUUGGGUUUGAACUCUGCUGUCAUUUUGACCACCAUCGGUUACGCCUCCUCUCCUAACGUCUACAAGUCCUUGUACAACCAAGCUGUUGGUAACUUGAUCUUGAUUUGUGCUGGUUCCUUGCCAGGUUACUGGGUCUCCGCUGCUACUCUUGACAUCAUUGGUAGAAAGCCAGUCCAACUCGGUGGUUUCAUCAUCCUUACCGUUCUCUUCGUUGUUCUCGGUUUCGCUUACAACAAGAUCAGUGACCACGGUAAGUUGGCUCUUUACGUCCUUGCCCAAUUCUUCCAGAACUUCGGUCCUAACACCACCACUUUCAUCAUCCCUGGUGAGAUUUUCCCAACCAGAUACAGAUCUACUGCUCACGGUUUGUCUGCUGCUUCUGGUAAGAUUGGUGCUAUUGUUGCUCAAACUUGUAUCGGUACUUUGAUUAACCACAACUGUCCUGCCAACAAGAAGAACUGUUUCUUGCCUCACGUCAUGGAGAUCUUCGCCUUGUUCAUGUUGCUCGGUAUCGGUACCUCGUUGCUCAUUCCUGAGACCAAGAGAAUGACUUUGGAGGAGAUCUGUGAGAAGUAUCACGGUGAGAUUGACACCACCAAGUUGGGUGCUGACAGAUACGUCGCUCAACAGGCUGAGUCCACCGAAUCCGAGUUGAAGGUCUAA